AUUGAAAUACGGGAGAGGUUGCGUUAGCCUAAGUCAAUAAAAAAGAUGCGCAUUUUGAUUCUGAUUUUCAUGUUCUGGUGCUGUUAUAAUUGCUAAUUAGGCGUGUUAAUUGUGCAGGCAGGGCGGAGAGAGUCUUGUUUGCGGAAGACGGGUCUUGCGGCUCGAUAUAUAAUCUGGAGUAGACACUUCCUGCUUCACACUGGCGCAGCUUCCAAGACCGACCGGACCGAACGCAAACCAUGAGAACCUUUCUCCUCUUGGCGCUCCUGGGCCUGCUGGCUCUUCCCGGGUCACGCGGGUCUCCUUCUCUGGUCUUGAAGGGUCCAGCUGGCCCAGUGCUGGAGGGUCAGUCUAUCAGUCUGGAAUGUCUCUCUGACCCGGAGUCGGACAUGAGUGGAGUGUAUUUCCAGAAAUACUCUCGGUACAUGGGCUCCUGGUACCGCCUGGACCAGGCCCGGCACUUCCGGUGCUGGUUCUUCGAGGUGAAUGUGACCCGGACUGAGGGCCGCCUGCAGCUCCACAUCCCCGCGGUACAGAGCUGGACCAGUGGCCCUUACCGCUGCGCCCGUGACGGUUCCCAUGCCAACGACACCGGGCCCAGCGCCAGCAACAGCUCCAGCGUCUCCAACAGCCUGUCCGUCCCCGUGCACUACAUGAGGGAACUGUCCAUCUACAGGGACAGCAGCUUCUACAGCCGCUUCUCUGGCCAGCUGCAGGAGCUGCGCGUGGCUGUAGGGGGCGAUGUGGAGGUCGAGUGCUCGACCUCGGCCUCUGAGACGCCGCAGUUCUCCUGGAGCAAAGAGGGCGAUGACUGGAUGGAGCUGUCCAGCAAGCUGAAGCUGCGCAGGGUUCGAGAGGAGGACUCUGGGACGUACACCUGUACGGCACAACACCCCUCCGUCUCCUCUCUGGUCAAGAGACGCUCCCUGCAGAUCUUGGUGGUGCCAGAGGAAGAGCUCCCCUGGCUCCAGUCCGCGCAGGGCCGUCUCGUGCUGAUGACAUCAGUGCCGGCGGCCGGGCUGCUGCUCCUGGCGCUGGGCCUGUCCGUCUGUCUGUACCGGCGCAGCAAGCACAGGGCCAGCAAGGGGCCCAUUGACGAUCACUCCCAGAAGAAGCCCAUCUACAGGAGCAGUGUGGAGUCCCUGCCCUCCACUGUGGGAGACACCCAGCCCCUGGUCUGACCGGACCUCGGUCUUCAGGACGCCUGUCUUCCAGCUGGGGGGGGGGGCAGUCCUGGGGGGGCUCAUCGCCGUUAAAAAGAGAUGAGAUUGAGGCUCUUUCCUUUCGCUCUUGAAAUAUGUGAUUAUCUUCGGGUUUCAUGCAGGGUGUUGACUGGACUCUCCUCUUCUGCACAGUCAGGGCCGCGGGGCUGUUCUAGAGUGGCGGGUCGAGAUCUUAGGCGGCAGUGGGGGGUCUAGAACCAGGCCAGCUGUUGAGACUCGCUCUCGAACGGCCGACUUGAGGGAGGGGUCGGGUUGGACGCUGGCCUGGAGCGACUGUCCGCCAUCUAGGAGGGAAUCGAGCCUGCAGGGGAGGUCUAGCAUGGGGCUCUUACUGGUCCUCCUGAAAUCCCCUCUACUCUAAAGAUUAGGAGAGAAUUAGAAGUUACUGAUCGAUUUAAGUGAGUGAUUUAUAGUUUUUUUUUUUUUUUUAGAUUCAUGCUCGAAACGAUCUCUUGCUAAAUUUAAUAAAGUCACCUGCUUGAAGAGCAGUGAGAUUAGGAUGAGGGGCUCCCCCGGGGCUGGGCUGGACACCCCAGAUCUAGGACUAAGCACGGGCCAGAGGCCCAGCCUCUCGACUCGAACCGUGUACCAGACUACAGAAGUGGAAGAGGUGCCAGGGGUGACUGCACCCUGACACACAACAUGGAGGGGUGUGAUCUGGAGCUGUUGCACUGAUCUUUUACCGUCUGCUACUGCUGUCACAAUCGUCAGGGUUUAUUCUACAGGCACUGGGUUUGAUUGCUUUUUUUUUCUUCACAUUUUAUAUGCAAAUGAAAUGCCAAAUCUGCGAUGAGAAGGAGAAGAAAGGCUGUUUCUGCCAGAGAAUAUUUUAUCAAAGGAAAAGAGACAAUCACACAUAUCGUUAAAAAUAUGCUUUUAUCUGGCAAGAGAAUCCUUCUUUAGUGUGUUAUCUGUCGGCGGAGUUUUGUCUCGGAAAUACUGAUGCACUUUUUCAAUCCUUUUCCAGGGAGACAAGGCUCUCUUGUGUCAUUGUGCUUUGUGAAUUAAAAAGGUGAAAUAAAAAA